AAUGUGGCACCACAGGCCAAUAGCAAGGGGAAGCGAUUUCAAAUGUCCAAUCAGAGCUGUUCCAGGGCGGAGUCUACCAAUGCCGAAAGCUAGGAGGCGGGGUAAAAGAGAGAGGCCGAAGGUAGGCUGGCAGAUACGUUCGUCAGCUUGCUCCUUUCUGCCCGUGGACGCCGCCGAAGAAGCAUCGUUAAAGUCUCUCUUCUCCCUGCCGUCAUGUCUAAGUCAGAGUCUCCUAAAGAGCCCGAACAGCUGAGGAAGCUCUUCAUUGGAGGGUUGAGCUUUGAAACAACCGAUGAGAGCCUGAGGAGCCAUUUUGAGCAAUGGGGAACGCUCACGGACUGUGUGGUAAUGAGAGAUCCAAACACCAAGCGUUCCAGGGGCUUUGGGUUUGUCACAUAUGCCACUGUGGAGGAGGUGGAUGCAGCUAUGAAUGCAAGGCCACACAAGGUGGACGGAAGAGUUGUGGAACCAAAGAGAGCUGUCUCAAGAGAAGAUUCUCAAAGACCAGGUGCCCACUUAACUGUGAAAAAGAUAUUUGUUGGUGGCAUUAAAGAAGACACUGAAGAACAUCACCUAAGAGAUUAUUUUGAACAGUAUGGGAAAAUUGAAGUGAUUGAAAUCAUGACCGACCGAGGCAGUGGCAAGAAAAGGGGCUUUGCCUUUGUAACCUUUGAUGACCAUGACUCCGUGGAUAAGAUUGUCAUUCAGAAAUACCAUACUGUGAAUGGCCACAACUGUGAAGUUAGGAAAGCCCUGUCAAAGCAAGAGAUGGCUAGUGCUUCAUCCAGCCAAAGAGGUCGAAGUGGUUCUGGAAACUUUGGUGGUGGUCGUGGAGGUGGUUUCGGUGGGAAUGACAACUUUGGUCGUGGAGGAAACUUCAGUGGUCGUGGUGGCUUUGGUGGCAGCCGUGGUGGUGGUGGAUAUGGUGGCAGUGGGGAUGGCUAUAAUGGAUUUGGUAAUGAUGGUGGUUAUGGAGGAGGCGGCCCUGGUUACUCUGGAGGAAGCAGAGGCUAUGGAAGUGGUGGACAGGGUUAUGGAAACCAGGGCAGUGGCUAUGGCGGGAGUGGCAGCUAUGACAGCUAUAACAACGGAGGCGGAGGCGGCUUUGGCGGUGGUAGUGGAAGCAAUUUUGGAGGUGGUGGAAGCUACAAUGAUUUUGGCAAUUACAACAAUCAGUCUUCAAAUUUUGGACCCAUGAAGGGAGGAAAUUUUGGAGGCAGAAGCUCUGGCCCCUAUGGCGGUGGAGGCCAAUACUUUGCAAAACCACGAAACCAAGGUGGCUAUGGCGGUUCCAGCAGCAGCAGUAGCUAUGGCAGUGGCAGAAGAUUUUAAUUAGGGAGGAGUCUGCUACUAGUCUUAUCAGCUCUUAAAAACAGAAACUCACCUGUCCAAGUUCGUGGCAGAAAGGUAAGUUUUUUAUAAGUUAGUGGUCAGCAAAAGAAUGCCCUGCAUUCCCAAAGUAAAAAGGGAGAAGGACAAGCUGUACGUCAAACGAAAACAUUUUGUAAUCUCAUCCAAUUGCAAAAAGUUACUGUUACAACCAGAUAUUCCCAGUAGUGACAGUGGAUAUAAUUGUGUAGUCAUUUAUCUCUGCUUAUAUAAAUACUUUAUAACCUCUUUUGCCUUUUGCAGGAACGUCCUUGUGAAGACCUUUAUCUGAGCCACUGUACUUCGUUAUCACUGCCAUGCAGUUGACAUGAGCUGUUCUGCAGCUCAAAUUCCAUUUUGUAAAUGGAGUUUUUUGUUUUUUGGUUUUUUUUAAUAAAUUGUAUUUAACUUA